CCAUCAAGGACGUAGCUGGUACCCUGUUUCUACUAGGUAAGUUCACGGUUCAGUGUUGUUCGCUUCAAUUUAUAGCUCACACGGCCAUAGGCUGGAGUGGAAUAUAUGAGUAGGAACUUGAGGUAUACGACCCGUUGACUUAUGUUCCUGUUGUUCCUGUUAGCAAUAGUGCUGCGCCCAGACGUACAGCAGAAAGCACAAGAAGAAAUUGACUGUGUCGUGGGCGCUGACCACCUUCCUCACUCUGGUGACCGACCUAAUCUUCCCUUCCUGGAGGCAGUUGUAUUGGAGACCACAUGACGGUCGUUUCGCUUUUACAAAGCUUCCGCAUAUGACGACGACAGACAACGUGUACAAGGGAACAUACAUCCCGAAAGGCAGGCCCCUACCCAGCUCUUUCUCAGCGAGCAUUGAAAACUUAUUAUUUUAGGCUUCCUAAUGUUUGGUAACCAGGUUGAGUAAACCUAGGCAGAGUUUCUGGGCAACGACCGCGUCGACGCUAGCGACCUUACAAUUUGGGAAACCCGAGGACGCAUGUGGGAAUGGGUCGAAGGUCAUCUCGAGUUUGAGACUGG